AUGGAGAUUCUCAUAUCACCACUCUGGUUGAUCUGGUCUCAGCACUCUUUUAAGUCCGAAGAGUGGCAUUUUCCUAUUGCUGUUUGUUUGGAUAUGCUAAGAAAUGAAAUCCUCUCAAAAUGCCUAAAUCUACCUAAAAUAACAUCUUUUUUCCUUUAUCUCCAAAUAUGCUUGCUUUUUUUCACUAUCUUCAAGCAAAGUUGGAGACUUUCUUGUGCUUCCUGUAAUGGGUUUUCAUUUUCUUACUUGCCAACUACUUUUUUUCAGCUGGGUUGGUUUAUAUUGACGAUGAUGGUAACAAGUGGCAAUACAUGGAGAUUAACAACAGGACUCAACUGUCAUUUCUCUGUCCUCACAACAACCACCAGGACUGUAAAUGUACGGAUGCAAGUGCAUAACUCCAAGAAAGCAAAUUUAUUUGCUGCCAAAAGGGAAAGGCUUCAGUUGCCAAGCAGUGAUGAUGGUUAUCGUAUCAGUGAAUUUCUAAGCCAUCCUUAUGGCAUUGAAGCUAUGUUAAACACCAAGACUAUGGACUAUUUUGAACCCAUUGAUGCCAAGACGUAUAGGUGCUUUUUGCCUAAGGUUCAACUGCUAAAUUUUGAAGCUGCUCCUGUUCUUGACCUCAGAGUCACCCCAACACAAGAAGACUGUACUGUUGAGAUGCUUUCUUGCAAGCUUCAAGGCUCAGAGAUUAUGGAGCGCCAAAAUGAGUACUUUUCAGCUCUCAUGAUGAAUCGUGUGACUUGGAAUACAACUGAUUCUGAACCAUUUUUAGAAGCUGACAUGAAGUUGAAAGCCACCCUUGAGAUUUACACAGCGCCCUUCACUUUGCUGCCAAUAUCUGCUGUUGAGGGUCCUGGAAAUUUAAUGAUGCAAGCUCUAGUAGAUAGGCUGAUAAAAUUGCUUCUGCAGCAACUACUGCAAGAUUAUUACAAAUGGGAAAAUCAGCAAUUGUGAAAACUUUCUGUCAAUUUUCUUCGGGACAGAUUAUAUCCAGGUAGAAUGUUUAUACUUAGAACUAUGUCGCAUUUGAUCGUUUUCUCUCCAAUUUAGAUUAUGAAUUUGAUUCUCUUUUUAGAAUUGAAUCGAACCAGUUAUUGGUAUAAAAAACUUCAAGUGUCAUUUACCUAUGAAAAUAACUUAGUUAAAGGGAUAAAAGUGUUCAUCUGCAUGCUUGUAUGUAAGGCAGUGGUAAAUGCUUCUAUUCUUUUCCGAACUAAAUCUGCUCUAAUGAUGUACUUUCUGCAGCAAAGUCCUACAGUUGAAUACUGAGUAAAUAAAUAUUUAAUUUUAGGACGAGCAAUAUCAUAUAUAUAUAUUGUGAAAAUAAGGCAAUGUGAUAAUUGGAGGGAUAGGCGAAGUUGGAGCAGGAGGCAAAAGUUGAAGCAGGGAUGUAUCAAGUCUUCAGGAUUGACUUAAAAUUGCCUCGAUGAUAAUUGAGUUGAGGUCGAGUUCGACCAACUUGAGUCAACUUUUUAAUUGAGUUCGAACAUUAAGAUAUUUGACUUGACAAGUUUGAGAGCCUAAUCGAAAUUCGAUUGAUUUAGUUUUUAUCUUAUGUAUUUACAAUACUAUAUAGAAAUAAAUUAACAAAGCAUCAUAAGUAUUUAUUGUU